CUUUUCAUCUCCUCCCCCUCCCCCCAGCUCUCUCUCUCUCUCUGUCUCUCUCUGCCUGACUGGGUUUUCAGUCUCUCCCAUUCUCCAACCAUUUUCGUCCCUUGGAAUUCUUCUCGGACUAUUUUGGCCUUUCAGCACUCCAUACCAACCAAUUUUAGUGGUUUAAGCAAAGUUAUGUAAUUCUGGAUAAAUGUACAUAUAUAGCUGAUUCAGUGAUUUCAGCAAAACCAACGUUCCCUGAUUUCUGCACAAAGUUCACGACGACAAGACGUGAAAACCCAACAAACUCUAGCAGAAGUCUAAACUAUAACACACUCACAGAAAGAGACGCAGAGAAAGAAAGAGUUUUUUUUUUUCUUUAACGGGGGCGUUGAUGGUUAAAGUAGAAACACCAAUAUAGGCCAUUAUUCUUUGGGUUUUGAUUAGAAUUUCGUGUAGUUUGGGUGAUUUCUGAAGUGGGUUCUGGAGGGUUUUGGGUUACAAAGUUGGAGAUGAUUGUGAGCUCAUUCUGCAAUGCAGACUCGAAGUUCUCGGAAGAAGAAGGGAUAGAGGUAGGAAAAAUGGCGGAACACAAAAGAAGCCCCUGUUCUGUUGAGCAAAGCAGUCUCACUUCUCUUGCAUCCAAACGACAUAAGGCUGAUUUAUCCGCCAAGGAGAGGAAGGAGAAGCUUGGUGAGCGAAUUGUGGCCCUGCAACAGCUUGUUUCACCAUAUGGGAAGACAGAUACAGCUUCUGUCCUUUGGGAGGCAAUGGAAUACAUACAGUUCCUUCAUGAACAAGUAAAGGUGUUGAGUGCUCCGUACCUCCAAAGUAGCUCAACUAAAAUGCAGGAAUUAGGAGCAUACAGCCUGAGAGGUAGAGGAUUAUGUCUUGUUCCAGUCUCAUGCACUGCUGGAGUGGCUCGAAGCAAUGGUGCAGAUAUCUGGGCCCCCACUAAGACCACUUCCCCUAAAUUCGAGAAGCCUAUUUCACAAUUCCAUUGAGACAAUCUGGUGCUCAGAAACCAGAGGGUUUAGAUCAACCUUUUUAUUGUGCAACAAAUUUUUGUUGAGCAGAUGGAAAAUGAAAAAUUGUGAUUGAAUCUUAGCUUAGCACGAAACAUCCCAUGGAAAUCUGGAAUGCGAAUGGGAAAUCUGGAAUACUGUCUGUAAACAUUUUCCCAGUCCAUAUUCUUAGUUGGCAAUGGGAGAAGCUUUCUAGUGUCAAAUCAAAAGUGUAUCUCUAUACUGAUUAUGCGAAAAUGUAUAUUUAGAAACUUGAGAGUUGUAUAAUGAUUAAUGAGCAUGAUAAUGUAUUAAUGAAUAUGUGGAGAGGAAUGAGGCCAAUGUCAAUCAAAAA